AUGAGAUGGCAUAUCAGGGCUCGAGUAACACAGAAAUCUGGAAUCAGAACAUGGAGUAAUUCCAGAGGAGAAGGAAGACUGUUUAGUGUUAAUUUGCUGGACGAGUCUGGAGAAAUCAAAGCUACCGGGUUUAAUGAGGCUAUUGAUAAAUACUAUGACAUGUUAGAAGUUAACAAGGUUUAUUUUGUUGGCAAAGGAACUUUGAAGACAGCAAACAAACAGUACAUGUUAAAAAAAAAUGAUUAUGAAAUGACAUUUAAUAUUGACACGACGGUUGAAUUGUGUACAGAAGAUGUUGAUUUACCGACAGUGAAAUUUGAAUUUCUAAAAAUUAACGAGUUAGAAAGUAAAGCAUCCGGCAAUAAUAUUGAUUUGAUUGGAGUAAUCAGAUCUUGUGGGGAUGUUGGUACAGUGAUUGGUAAGGCCAGUCAGGAGGAGAUAACCAAAAGAGAGGUCCAACUUUGUGACCAAUCAGUCAUGGUUGUUAAUCUGACAUUGUGGGGAAAUGAUGCUCAGACUUUUGAUGACUCUGGUUGUCCAGUAUAAGCAGUAAAAGGAGCAAAGCUCUUAGAUUACGGAGGUCGUUCAGCAUCAGUGUUGGCAUCAAGUCAAAUGUUGAUAAACCCAGACAUCAAAGAAGCUCACAUAUUACGAGGAUGGUAUGAUCGUGACGGACAAUCGUCAGAGUUCCAGACUUGCCGUAAUGAAAGUGGUGGAGCAGGAGGUUCCUCUACAAACUGGAAAUGUUUCAGUGAAAUUAAGGCUGACAACAAUAUUGGCCAAGGAGAUAAGGCCGAUUUUUUCACCAGUAAAGGAACGGUCAUAUUCUUACGUAAAGAGAAUUGUAUGUAUAGGGCUUGCCCCAAAGAAGCUUGUAAUAAGAAACUCAUUGACCAAGGAAAUGGUAUGUUUAGAUGUGAAAAAUGUAAUCAUGAAGUGCCAAACUUUAAAUGGAGGAUGAUUCUAUCUGCAAAUCUGGCCGACUUCUCUGAUAACCAGUGGGUGACUUGUUUCCAGGAAUCAGCAGAACUUAUACUAGGAAAAUCAGCUGAUGAGUUAGGGGAUCUGAAAGAUUCAAAUGAGGCAGCAUAUGAUCAGGCAUUUCAAGAUGCAAUGUUCAAAUCCUAUAUCUUCCGAUUGCGAGCAAAGAUUGAAACAUAUAAUGAUGAAAGCCGACUAAAGACGAUAUGUGUUAAUGCUACACCGGUAGACUGGGCAGAACAAAGCAGACGACUGAUAGAAGACAUUGAGAAAUUACAGGCAUCAUGAAAUAAGGCUGCUUUAUAAUCUUAAAGAACUAUUAAGUUAUUCCUUGACAGAUGGAUGUCAGUUUUAAAUGUACAAUGUAGAUAUCGAUAUAUGAUAAAACUUAUUGAUGAAGUAUUCUGCAUGUUUGACCACAAUUAUAAUAGUUAACACAUUCUUGUAGAUUACUUUUGAAUUAAGAAAAUGUAUUUUUGCAAAAAUUUACUAGAGUAGCUUAAUAAUUUACUGUGUGAUACAGCUUAAGCAUUUGAAAAUCUGUUUGUUGUAAACUCAAAAACUUAAUCUGUAUAUCUUAUAAUCUUUUUAUUUAUUUUUUUGUGGUCAAUUUCUACUAAAUAAUGUACAAAACCUUAAAAGUACUGUACAUUAUUCAGACAUGGUGUGGCUCUGUUUUUAUUGUCCAAACUUGUUUUGCAGAAAUGAAACUUUGCAUUUAAAAUUUUGAUAGCAUUAUUUGCAUAGAGAUUUUUCUGAAAUCUCAAUAAUAAACUACCAAUUUUUUGAACAGAUUAAAAUUGGCUACAAUACAUUUACAGAAAUUUUUCUUAAAGCUUGUAAGCUUAGGCAUUAUUGGACAAAGUCUGUAAAAUAAGAAUAUAUAUUCUAAGUGCUGAUUGUUCAUGUGUGUGCUAUAUAAAUUGCUGUAUACUUAUGUUGUUUAAAGGUGUAGACAGUAAAAUGUGGUGGGUAUUUUUUUUAUUUAUUUUUUUUUUUGGGGGGGGAGGGGUUGUAUACAGCAUAUCUUUGUGACCUAAGUACCAUAGAUGAAAAUGAAGAAAACUGAUUUCUGUUAGAUUAAAACUAAUAGAUAGACAGUAAUAGCUGAGUACAAACAAAACCUAUAGAAUAUGUUGGCUGUAUAUGUCUAAGGUAGUAAUGUCUAUGUUACAGAAUUCACAGAUCCAACAAUAACAAGAAUAAGUCAUAAAACUAUUAUGAGAUCUCAUACAUAUUUUUUAUUUUCAGGGAGGAUUUUGAAUUAAAUUAUUGUUCAAUUCUCUAAAUGGUUAAUAAUUUCAAAGAAUUACUUAAAAUUCUUGAAAAUUAUGAUGAAUAGGAUUGAAUUAUUAAAAAUAGAUGAAGGUUGAGAAACUAGAAAUUUUGAUGAUCUGUAAAAUCUCCACUUCAUGUAGAACUUUGAGAACAAGGUGCAAUUGUAAAAAUAAAAAGAGCAUAGAAAUUGAUGAGAAUGUCAGUAAAUUAUGUUCUACAUCAGAUAAAUCAUGUUAUACUAUUAAUUUGAGAUGAUAUGUAGUUGCUAUUAUAGACAUUAUUUUUCGUGACUUCAUUGAAUAAAAAUCAUAAAAGUCAA